AGUCCACUCAAGGUAGGACUUAGUUGACGUAGCAUCUUCCGAUGGCGCGCAAGGAGGUCGCGAUGGAAGGGAAGAUUUGGCCACCUGUUUGGGUCUACGGCAUCAACGAUCACCUGGACAUCCCCAGCGAGCUGCCUCCCGGAUUUGAGCCCAGCGGCCUCCUGUGCGCGGACUUUCGGAAGCUGUGCGCCACGGUCAAUGCGGCAACUCACCCAGCCUUUCGGGCAAAGCUCGCGAGGAGAGUGAAGGAACCUUCCAAGUCCUUGCCGUCUCCGCACGAAGCUCGCAGAAGGCCCAGCCUGCUGGGUAAAAACGCGCACGACAUCUCGCUGAGUCUCAGCGAAGAGAAGCCGCCCAAAGAAGGGCCAAACCUCGCGGUGAAGUCUUUCCUCUUUGACCGAGCAACCAUGAGUUUGCUUAGCCUUCUGCUGCCUUCUGUUCAGAACGUCAAGGUCCUGUGCUUCUCAGACUGCAAUCUGGACUGUGAAAUGCUGCGGCUUCUCAGCAGUGGCUUGGUGUCGCAUUGCUCUGUGGAGUCCUUGCAGAUCGAAUGGAAUAGCCUCGAUUUGCCACUGCCAACUUUGGAAGAGGAGGAUCAACAGGAAGAGGAGGAGAAUGAGGUGCCCGCUUUUGACAAAGCGUCCAGCCUGUUGGAGGCCCGGGAGAGGAAGCGCUACACGAUGCAGUCAGAUCGGCUGUUGCUGAACUUCAGGGAAUGGCUGGAGAGCCGGUUCCAGGGUUUGGAGGCCGCCUGGCGAGUCCUGGAUCUUGCAGGAGUAGAUUGGGACGCCAAGCUCCAGGCUCCCGACUUUCACGUCUUGCUCUACGAGAAGCUGGGCGUGAGCGGCCAGCAGGUCUUGGAGGUCUUCGAAGUGCUCGAUGGCCCGGACUAUGGCGCAGAUGGAGGAGUGACCAUGGAGGUCAUGAGGGAAGCGCUGCAAGGCUUGCCGGAGAUCGGCGAGGAUGAUCCCCUUGGCCUCAGCCUGGCUGGAUUCCUUGAGCCCAGCAGCGUCCUCGAGUGUGUGAGUUUUCGCGCCUGCGCCAUCAGCCGUUUUGAGCUGGGGCCUAUGAGCACGGCUUUGGCGAAAUGCCCCUGGCAGCUGAGGGCCUUGAACCUUUGGGACAAUCGCAUCUGCGACAAGGGCGCCGAGCUCCUGGCCUUCGCGCUGGACGCGUACCGCGGCCUGGAGUACCUUGGCCUAGGCCGCAACCGCAUCACGGAGCAGGGCUUGCGCGCCCUGUGCCAGCCCUUCCAGCCCUGCCCGCUGGCUUUGGAGGAGGUGCCCGCGGCCAAGGAGCGCAUCUCCAAGCAGCAGGCAGCGGCCAAGGCCGUGGCCGAGGCCAAGGAGAAACAUGGUCGACGUUGGAAGGGGAGCCAAAAAUCAAUUAAAAAAAAAAAAAACAAUAGCACAAUAAUAAGCAAAAAUGUAAACCACUAAAGUUGCAACCACUAAACCACAAGAAGCAAAAAGGUGAAAAUGUAAAUCCCAACGAGCACCAAGGAAAGCCCAGGCCCAGGGCACGGAGUUCAGCGGCCGCCAGCGCCGCGCGUCCGUGCCGCUGGUGGACGAGCUGGAGGAGCGGGAGGAGGGCGCGGUGCUGCGGAAGCUCUCCGAGCUUCGGUGCCUGGUGCUGUCCGAGAACCCCAUCAAGAGCGCUGACGUGUUGGAGGCGUGCCAGAGCCUCGGCCCCCGGGGGGCGGACCUGGUGCUGCGCGGCACCGCGGCGGCGGCGGAGCUGGGCGCGCGCCGCCCCGAGCUCCUGCGGGAGAAGGAGCGCAAGCCGCUGCUGAACUUGGGCCAUGCCAAGGAUUCAGGGCCAGCAGAGGGAUGGGUUCUACGUUUGAAUCCGUAUUGAACGUUUCACGAUGUUUCACACAUGAGCCACAAUCAAAUCCCAACCA